GGGCGGCGCCGGUCUCCGCGGCUGAUGGAGGCGGGUGGCGCCGCCCCGGGCGCAGGUGACACUCGCCAGGCCCGGGUUUCUGUCGGAGGGGGAGUGCUCUGGGAGCUCGAGACGCAGCCGCCCCGGGCACCUGGGACCCGGUAGCGAUGGCCGGGGAGCUGAGUCAGGAGGCCCUGCUGGACUUUCUGUGCCAGGCCGGGGGCCGAGUGCGUAACGCCGAGCUGUUGAGCCACUUCAAGGGCUUCCUGCGCGACCCUCACGUGCCCCCCGGGCAGCUGCAGCAGCGUCGCGAGCUCUUCAAGGGCUUCGUGAACUCGGUGGCCGCAGUGCGCCAGGACCCCGACGGCACCAAGUACGUGGUGCUCAAGAGGAGGUACAGGGACCUGCUGGGGGAGGAGGGCCUGCAGCGACCCACCCCCGCAGAGGGACCGCAGGCGGGCCGCCACCGCCCGCGGGACCCGAAGGCGCAGAAGCCGCCGCCGCCGCCGCCGGCAGGUGCUGCGCCCCGGGGGGACUCGGGUGGCGAUGAGCUAGCCGGCCGCAGCGCGCGGGAGGCGGCCGGGGCCGAGCACGGCUCCAGGGACAGCCCGAGCCGGGGGACCCCGGGGCCCGCGGCUGCUCAGACCAGAGGCAGGUGUGCGGCUGCGGAGACACGGGGCCGCUGCUGCUGGGAAUGCCAACAGAAUGGCUGGGGGGACCCCACCGGACAGCAUCUGCCCGGAGAUCUCGAGGACCCUGCGACCGCCAGUGAGGAGCCAGAGCUCGUCGCCGCGACCGCCCCCGAUGACCUCGGAGCUCCCGGGUGGCUGCGGGAAGGAGCGUCCGCUGAGCGAGCGCCGGUGUGUGCAACGCCUGGCUGGCCUCCGGCCUCCAUCGAGGCUGCUGGGAGCCCGACGUCCCCGCCCGCUCUCCUGCCCCUCCCGGCUCCCUCCAGUGAGCCGCUGGAGCUGUUUACCGCCGGCUCCCCGACCCAUCCUACCCAGCAGCUGCAGCAGCAGCAGCAGCGCACUCGAGAGUGGGUAAGCAGAUGCCCGCAGAUGCCUGAGGCCGGGAACCCCGGCCCCACUCGCGCCUGGUCGGUGGUGCCAGACGACUUCCUCCAGCUACCCUUGGAAACCGCCUUUGGGGUCUCGGAGACAAACUCUGGGCUGCCAGAGCCCGCAGUGUCUCUUCAUUCUCUCCUGCCUGUGGUUCCUGAUGAGUCCUCAGAAUCCUGGCCCGGGAACCUUCCACCCACUGUCUUCCGAAGCAUUCGCUGUCAGCUGUCCCUCCAGGAUCUGGAUGACUUUGUGGAUCAAGAGAGCCACGGCAGCGAGGAGAGCAGCAGUGGACCCAAAGAGUCUCCCGGAACCCCCGAAGAGGGGCAGCAACCUGUCCUGGGAACUUCCUCUUGGGGAGAGCUCAGGGAUCCUAUGGAGGGCCUGUCUGUGUCUUCAAAUGACAGCAGCCCCAGACGGAUCCGGCGGAGCCUCAGAAAUAAAGGGAAUGUGCCCAAUUCUAGGAAGGUCUCAACGGUAGCUAAAAGCCUUGGAGACCACCCCCAGGAGGCUUCGCCCUGGCCAGCCCCCAAGUUCCGGAGGUCUCUCAGGAGGAGCGCCCGUACUGGGGGAACCAAAUCCUCCUCCUCCUCUGAUGAGGAGCGUCUUGAUGAAGACUUGUUGAAAAGGAGCCGGCGCCCACCUCGGUCCAGGAAACCUUCCAAGGCAGGAGCCAUGCCCAGCCCAAGGGUGGAUAUGGUUUUGAUACAGAAUUUGGCAGAUGUUAAUGUUGUGGCAGGGCAGCCACACACCUCAUGGGCCCCCAACAGGGAUGGAUCUGCAGCCUUGACACCCCACAGACUUUCUGAGCACAGGUCACCCCUUGUCCCUCUAGAUGCCAGAGAACAUGAAUGGAUUGUGAGGCUUGCCAGUGGCUCCUGGCUUCACGUGCAGACUUUGUUCUGGGAAGAUCCCCAGUUGGCUUUGCACAGAGACUUCCUGACCGGGUACACAGCCUUGCACUGGCUAGCAAAGCAUGGUGACCUGCGUGCCCUUCAGGACUUGAUCUCUGGAGCCCAGAAGGCAGGGGUUGCACUAGAUGUAAACGUGAGGUCCAGUUGUGGCUAUACACCACUGCACCUCGCAGCUAUUCACGGCCACCAGGGAGUCAUCAAAUUGCUAGUGCAAAGAUUGGCUUCUCGGGUGAAUGUCCGGGACUACAGUGGCAAGAAGCCGUGGCAGUAUCUGAACAGUAAUGCCACUGGGGAAACAUGGCAGCUCCUGGGUGCACCCCGGGGCAAACCCAUCUUCCCUGUAUAUCCCCUAGUACAAAGCUCCUCCCCAGCCAGGAAGGUCAAGAGCCGGGAAAUGUCUAGAAAUGUCACCCGGAAGUCUUCCUUGGCUGCUUUGCUCAAAACCCAGCACAACAAAUGGAAGCUGGCCAGCCAAUAUGAGAAAUUCCACACCCCGAAGGAGAAAGAAGAGUACAGUGACUGAGGAGGGCAUCUCUCUC